UACGCGGGCCUGCUCACCCUCUACGCCAUGGCGACGCUCGGCAUGCGCACCGCAGUGCGGUGGCGCGCCUCCAAGGCGCUCUACCAGCAGCUGCUCGUCUCGUACCAGUCGGCCAAUCGGCUCGGCUCCGCCGACGACGCGCUGCUCUACGUGGCGCGGCUGGCCGAGGUGGAGCAGACCAAGCGCGCGCUCCUCGCCAUGCACGCGCUCACCGAGAGGCGGCGCGAGGCGGGCGGCGGCGGCGACGAGGCGGCGCUCUCGCCCGCCGAGGUGGCGGCGCACGGGGAGAGGCUGUUGCGCGAGUGGAGCGAGCUCGCGCCGCUCAGCACGACCGAAGACGCGGGCGGGCCCUCGGCGCUGCACCACCUCGACCGCAUCGGGCUGCUCGAGUGGCGGGCCGGGCCGGACCGGCAGGACGGCGCAGAGACCGCCGGCGAGUCGGCGUCUGGCGCCGAUGUGUGCGUGCAGAUGGUGCCUCUUGGCGAGGCGGUGAGGCGCGGCAGCCGCUACUGGGGAAGGCUGCUCGAGAGAGGCGGGAAGUCCCCUUGGGCGGGGGAGGCUGCAGGGGAGGAGCGCCCUCGCUCCUCGGGGCUGGACUUUUGGCGCCUGCUGGGGGAGGGGGGAGGGUGACGGAGAAGGUGGCCGUCGCGCCGUUGGAGCUUGGACACCGGGAACUGAGGCGAGGAAGUGACUAAUUAAAUUGCUCACCUCACUGAGAG